GCGCGCGGCGCGGGCGCGGCGCGGGGGGCGCGGCGGGAUGAGCUCAGCGCAGCCGCGCCGGGGCUGGGCCGCCACCAUGCUGGGCCUGGACGCGUGCGAGCUGGGCGCGCAGCUGCUCGAGCUGCUCCGGCUGGCGCUGUGCGCCCGAGUCCUCCUGAGCAGCAAGGAGGGGGCGCAGCUGCUGGCGGACGAGGCGCUGGACGAGGCGCUGCCUGAGUACCGAGCCCCGGGGAGGAAGAGCCUCCAGGAGAUCCAGCAGCUGGACCGGGAUGACCAGAGCCUGGCCGCCUACAAGCGGGCGCUCCUCGGGCCCCUGCCGGCAGGGGGCGAUGUGGGCCAGCCUCACGUGCAGGUGACCAGGCUGACGCUGGUGUCUGAGCAGGCCCCUGGGCCAAUCAUCAUGGAUCUCACAGCGGGGCCAGCUGCACUGAGAGCCCAGGUGUUUGUGCUCAAGGAGGGCGUGGACUACAGAGUGACCAUAGCCUUCAAGGUCAACAGGGAGAUUGUUAGCGGCCUCAAGUGUCUGCACCACAUCUACCGCCAGGGCCUGCGUGUGGAUAAAACUGUGCACAUGGUGGGCAGCUAUGGCCCGAGCGCCCGUGAGUACGAGUUCACCACUGCGAUGGAGGCAGCGCCCCGGGGUGCCCUGGUGCGAGGCGCCUAUGUGGUCAGGUCCUUCUUCACGGAUGACGACAGGAAUGAGCACAUGUCCUGGGAGUGGGGGCUCCGCCUCAGCCAGGACUGGAGGAGCUGAGCGCCCUGGUUGUCGCCCCCACCUCAGUCGGGAGCCUUCCCCAGGCCUCUGUGGCCGGACCCCGCCCUCCUGCCCUGGUCUGGGACACCCCCUCCUUGGG